AUGGACAUUCUACGGCGCCUUCUCGAGCGCGAUGUUGGGCCCAAGGAUCCCGCUCAGAUCCUUCUAGAACUUCUAUCGGACCCCUUCUCCUCCCAGGCCAAGGCUAUUUUUGCCGCCUUGGGCUCUUCUCUGGGCGUGACAGCCGCCAUCGCCAUCUGCUUUUCCUUCCUCCGGCCGUACAAUAGCGUUGUAUAUGCCCCGAAACUCAAGCAUGCCGAUGAGAAACAUGCCCCUCCACCCUUGGGGAAGGGUGUCUUUGCGUGGGUCGUGCCGCUGUGGUCGACAUCAGAGCUGGAUAUGAUCAACCUCGUAGGCAUGGAUGCCGCCCUUUUUAUACGUUUCACCAGGAUGUGCCGCAAUAUCUUUCUGGUCCUCUCGGUGCUUGGCUGCGCCAUCCUUAUCCCGAUCUACUGGGUCAACUUUGCAGCCGAGGAAGCGUCGUGGGUGACUAGAAUCACACCGUUGAAUGUGUGGGCCUCUUCCCAUUGGGCGACGGUGACAUUCGCCUGGUUGUUGACGGCUGUGGUGUGUGGCUUUCUAUGGUGGAACUAUAGGAAGGUCUUGCAGCUGAGGCGCUUGUACAUGAAGAGCGAGGAGUACCAGCAAAGCCUCCACGCCCGCACGUUGAUGCUCUACGACAUCCCCAAGACUCUUACCUCGGACGAAGGCAUUGCCAGAAUCAUCGAUAACGUCGCCCCGAAUUCGUCUUUCGCGAGGACUGCCGUCGCUCGAGACGUCAAGGUCCUCCCCGACCUCAUCCAGCAACAUGAGAAGGCCGUCCGGAAAUUGGAAAAGGUGCUGGCCAUCUAUCUCAAGGACCCGCAUAACCUCCCGUCAGAGCGGCCCAAGUGCCCACCCUCCAAGAAAGACCCCUCAUACGGCACCUACCCGAAAGGGCACAAGGCCGACGCGAUCGACUACCUCACACAACGGAUCAAGGUCCUAGAGCUGGAGAUCAAGGACGUUCGGCAACGUGUGGAUAAAAGGGGCUCGAUGCCGUACGGGUUCUCGUCCUACUCGGACAUCGCAGAGGCGCAUGCCAUCGCUUACGCUUGCCGCAAGAAGAAGCCGCAUGGCACCAUCAUCAAGCUCGCCCCGAAGCCAAACGACAUUAUCUGGGACAACAUGCCGCUCAAUUCGUCAACCCGGAGCUCGAGACGGCUUUGGAACAACCUUUGGAUGGCGGUUCUCACAAUUCUCUGGAUCGCUCCAAACGCCAUGAUCGCCAUCUUUCUAGUUAGCCUGUCUAACUUGGGGCAGGUCUGGCAGGCCUUCGACGUCUCACUCAAGGAGAACCCCGGGAUCUGGUCCAUUAUCCAAGGUAUUGCUUCUCCGGCCCUCAUGUCGCUCGUCUAUCUCGUCCUCCCCAUCAUCUUUCGGCGUCUGUCCAUCAAGGCGGGCGACCAGACAAAGACCGGACGCGAGCGCCACGUCGUGGCGAAGCUGUAUGCAUUCUUCGUCUUCAACAACCUCAUCGUCUUUUCCAUAUUUAGUGCUCUAUGGACUUUUACGGCAACCGUUGUUCAGAAGACUGAGAAGGGCAUCGAUGCUUGGGAGGCUUUCGUGGACGCCGACAUUGGGCAGACUCUUUUCAUGUCCCUCUGCGGUGUUUCGCCCUUCUGGGUCACCUGGCUCCUCCAGAGGCAACUGGGUGCUGCGAUCGAUCUGGCGCAGCUCUGGGCCCUGUUGUCCAGCUUCUUCAUGCGCAAGUUUUCGAGCCCUACGCCUCGCGAGCUGAUCGAGCUCACUGCCCCGCCACCGUUCGAUUACGCGAGUUACUACAAUUACUUCUUGUUCUACUCGACCGUCGCCCUUUGCUACAGCGCCAUCCAGCCGCUUGUUCUGCCCGCCGCGGCCAUGUACUUCUGCAUCGAUGUGGCGCUCAAGAAGUACCUACUACUCUACGUCUUUGUCACCAAGACGGAAAGCGGCGGCAUGUUCUGGCGCAUGUUGUUCAACCGUUUCUUAUUCGGCUCCAUGCUUUCUCACCUCGUCGUCUUCUUGAUUGUAUGGGUUCGCGGCGAUGGGACUCACGUCCAGGCCUAUGCCGUCGCUCCUCUCCCCUUCCUCAUGAUCGCCUUCAAGUUCUACUGCGCCCACGCCUUUGACAAGAAGAUGCAUUUCUAUGCCACGACGUAUUCCGCCCAGCAGCGUGCCGAGACCGGGUUUGACGUGAAAGAGCAGAGCGCGCGGAACGACCGGCUCGCUUCUCGCUUCGGCCACCCUGCUCUCUACAAACCUCUCAUCACGCCCAUGGUGCAUGCCAAGGCGCAGAACCUCCUCGCCAGCGUCUACCAAGGCCGACUAAGCGAUGGACGGGAUGCUGCUUACGAUGAUUCUGUCACGGUCAGCGGCUAUAGCGAUACCUACGCCCUCGACAACAUGUCGACGGGCAAGGCCGGGAAGCUCUCUCCUGCCGUUCCUGGUUUUGAAGUCGUUCCCGAGUCCCGCCUUGACUUCGAGUUCUACAAAAACCGCGAUGAGUUCACCGCGGACCACGGCGGCGGCGACAUGUAUGGUCGACACCCAGAUAUCAACCGCCCCGGCACUCCAGGCACAAUGGGCAGCGGCCACUCCGACUCCCGCCCAGGCACGCCCCAAGGCGGCAUGGGCUUUGGCGGUGGGGGCAACAGGAGGAACUACUCGCAGUAUCCGGAGUCAUCUGCCGCUGGCUCAGCCUACCCACACGGCUACAUGUCCUCGGCCGCGGCACCAGGCGUAAACAGCUACCCUGGCCAGUCGCUGUACGUUUCCGACCCGCCCUCUCGCUCUCGCAGCCCCAUGUACGCCAACGCCAACGACAGCGGCACCAACCUCGUCGCCGGCGCGGCCGGCAUGGCCGUGUCCACCCCCGCCUACCCUCCGACGCCGAGCUCGUACAACUCGCACCGCGAUCACAACAUGAGCCUCGAUCCAGGCCCGAUGCCGUCCAUGUCGAGCCGCCACUCGCCCGUCUCCGCCGGCGGCUUGGCCGGCAGCAGCAGCCUCCGCGCGCCGGGGAUGCUAGGCGGCGGACCCCACGGGUAUGGCGGCCUACCGCAGACCGACGACCUGGACCUGGUGCAGUCGCCGCCGCUGCUGGGGGCGCCGUCGGCCCAGGAUCCGGCCCAAGGACUACUGCGGCUGGUGGGUUUAUAUUCCCGUUCUCCGAAGGCUUGCCAAUUUUGA